UAACCAACCCCCCCCCUCCCCUUCCACCUCGUGCAGGUGAGUGAGAGGGCUCGUGGCGGAGGCCGCACGCGGACAAGGAUGAGGCUGCCCUCGCUGCUGCCCUCGCUGCUGCUGCUGCCCCCUCUGUCUCGCCUGUCCUCUCGGCCGCUCGCCGCGCUGCCCUCCGCGCGCGGGGCCCAGCCCGCGGCGCGUCCUGCCCGCGGAGCCACCGUGUCGGUGCGUCAGAGUGGAUCGCUCUCCCGUCGGAGCGGAUCGACGAGGCACGGAGCCAUGAGGGUGCGCCUCGUCCCCGCGCUGCAGGACAACUUCAUGUACCUCCUGGUGGACGAGCGCACGCAGCGCGCUGCCGCCGUCGACCCCGUCGAGCCCGACAAGAUUAUUGCGGCUGCUCGGGAAGAGGGUGUGGAGCUCACUACUGUGCUCACCACUCAUCAUCACUGGGACCACGCCGGCGGUAAUGAGAAGCUGGUUGCCAUGGAGCCGGGGCUGACCGUAGUCGGGGGAGACCAGCGAAUCGGAGCGCUCACCUCGCACGUCAAGCACGGGGAUGAGCUGCAGAUUGGCUCCCUGAACGUGCGGUGUCUGUUCACCCCAUGCCACACGUCCGGCCACAUCUGCUACUUCGUGACCCAGGAGGGGAGCACUGAGCCCCCCGCUCUCUUCACCGGAGACACGCUGUUCGUGGGGGGCUGCGGCCGCUUCUUCGAGGGCACCCCUCGGGAGAUGUUCGCGGCGCUCGUCGAGGUGUUGGGGGCCCUGCCCCCCGAGUCGCGAGUGUACUGCGGACAUGAGUACACGGUGAACAACCUGAAGUUCGCGCGGCACGUGGAGCCCGGGAACUCCGCGGUGCUGGAGAAGCUGGCUUGGGCAACGGAGCGUCAAGCGAGGGGUGAGCCCACUGUGCCCUCCUGCAUCGGCGAUGAGUUCACCUUUAACCCCUUUAUGCGCGUGAGGGAGCCGACGGUGCAGAAGCACGCAGGGAAAAGUGACCCCAUCGCCACCAUGGGCGCUAUCCGACAGGAGAAGGAUUCCUUCCAGCCCCCAGCCAACUAGCAGCGGCUCCACCUUGACCCGGCUCCACCUUGACCCGGCUCCACCUUGACCCGGCUCCACCUUCACCCAGCUCCACCUUGACCUGGCUCCACCUUGAUUUGGCUCCACCUUGAC